AUGCACGACUGCUGGGAAGGGCGAGUGGACUUUGCGACCAAGGCUGUGGAAUGGACACCCUGGGGGUCUCAGAUGGAUGAGCGAGGAAGGCGUUGGGCUCGCGUGGGCAUGGACGCCUCCAGUUGCACCAAGGGGCCACAGCAGCUGGUGGCCUUACUGCCAGGGAAGUGCUUGAGCCUCCCCGGCCUGGCUCCUCGUUGGAUCACCCAGACCCUACGGGGGAGGUCCCAGCAAGAAGCCAGCCGGGAGAGGAAGACAGCAGAGCCCAGGCCGCAGGUAGGGCUAGCGCUGUCAAAGGCCCCUCCUUUUGAAGGGGACCUGCUUGGCUGUGCGAUGCUGGGCCUUGAACGGCUUGGGGCCGACCUAGGUCUUACGGCCGAAGAGGUGGAGCAAGCGCUGUCUUUAGGUAGGCCUACUCAGGACCUUGCCUGGUACGAGGGCAGAGACCUCCGUGGUCGGGCCCAAAAGGCAGCGCAGGAACUUUUUGAAACGGAGAGGAUCUUAGAGUACCAGUGUUACGACGCUGAUUGGCAUGCUCAGGGUCGAGGGGUGAUAGCCCUUCAAGACUGGGCAGACAGAGACCAAUGCCUUUUUCUGGGGCUUCACGGCCCUGCCUCUGACAAGGACUACCAAUACUUCGUGGCUAAGGUGGCUUUGGAAGGAGCAGACCCAGGAGAGGGAGCUCCGGAGAUUGGAAGGAGGAGCACCCCGAGGGGGCCGGAGAAGGAGAGGAGCAGGUCGCCGUUGAAGGGUGAAAGCUCCAGGGCCCGCUAUUUGACGCGGCGGGGGGAAAAACAAGGAGAGAAGCAGAUGACUGAGAAGAAAAAGAAGAAAGAAAGUGUUGAGAAGAAGGAGGAGAAACAAAAGAAAGAGAGCUCUAGCUCCUCCUCGGAGAAGAGUGAGUCCUCAUCGGACCAGGCUUGCUCUCGACGAGAUGAUUCGCCCCUUAGCCGAGCGGAGGGGGGAAGUCGACGUCGGGAUGAGGUGGCUGAGUCGGAAGAGCCUUGCCUGUCUGAGCCAGAUUUUAAUCGAGACCCGUCCUCGAGCCAAGAGAGGACAGGUGGCAAAAGCGGCCAGCACGCUGGUCCAGUGUCGGAAAGCUUGCGAAAUGUCGCGGGUGGAUGGACACUGGGCUAUGGCACGCCCUUCAGGGAUCGUACCUCCCAGCACCGCUGCCCUAGUCAAAUCCGAGGAGAUGGAGCUGGCCGCCAAGCCAGAGCUUCGAACCCUCAAGCUGAAGGAGUCCUUGACGAUGAUUACAAAAGAGGGAGGAGGCAGCGGGCCAGACCCCGGGGGGGGGAGGCCCGGGAGUCACUCCCCGACAAUGUCCCCAAUGAGAAGCCUCCAGCGAGGCAAAGAAGUGGAAAAGGAAAAGGGGGCCCUGAAAGUGGCUCACGUGAGGUUCGACGAAAAGAAAGUCGUGCUGCAAAUGAAAGAAGCGCUAGCUCGGAAGCCGGCGUUUUGCAGUCCAGAAAGAGGAAAAGCAGGAGCCCGGCGCGCCCAGCAAGAAGCAGGGCUGUUAAACAGAAAACAGAGGAGACCCGCCGGUAUGAGGCGGAAGAGGAACAGAGCAGGUCGAACAGACCCCUUGUGGGAAGUUCGGGGGACCAACAGAGAGAGAGCGUCCACGCCACAAAACAGGCGAGAGAAGCUGAAGUAGGGUCCAGAAAGGUGAUGGAACUGGUGGAGUGGUUGGCCGAUCAUGGAGGAGAACAUUUGACAGCUGCACAGAUGGCCCAAUACCUCAUUCUUCAGGCAGUGAACCUGAAUGGCACUCUGGGAAAGUUAUUGGAGAGCUCAUUGAAACCCAUCUGGUGGCAGGGCGAAAGAGUGAGGAACCUGAUGCCCUUGCCGCUUUGGCCUGAUGUGCGAGAUGCCCUGGAAGUGGUCAUUGAAAAGCAGAGGUACAAGGAUCAGCCUGGUGAAUGGCGGGAGCGAGGAAAUACAAAGACACAGGCCUCCAGAGCGUUGCGUACGCAGGGGGCCCUGCUGUGGCAUGGGCUUGUGGUGGUGAGCCUGAACUGGCUCCACAGUGGAGGAAACAUAGCAGACAGCAUUGGUGGCCCUGCUGGAAGGGCCACGUCACAACAAGAGGAAGCCCUGUGCAGGAUCUGGGAGUUGGUGAAGGUGUUCAUUGAUGAGAAACCCAAAAGAGGGGGAGUGCCCAGGACUCCACAAGGAGAUUGGGCAGUGAAACUGGAGGCCCUGCGUGUCUCCUGCACGGGGGAAGUGGUGCAUAAGGCACGGCCCUUGACCCUGGAGCAAAUACUCCCAGGGCUGCCCUCCGAGCAGCACGGAGGCCUGGUAGAUAUUUUGGAGGUGGUGGAUGAGAAACUGAAAAAGAGGUUGCAAAGGCCAGACCAAAUGUUGCGGGAGGCCUUCGGGGACAUACCCACACCACAGGUGAUGUGCUCCGAUGAGGAGUGGGAGAAGGUGGUGAAAGCCUUGUAUGACCGACAUCUGGUCACCCCCGUUGAACGACAUCCAGUGGUGGAUGGGAAGUCCGUCCUAAACGGGACGUUCGGUGUUAUCAAGCCAGAUGAACUCACCGGGGGAGGCUUGCCUGUGCUUAAGAUGGUCUUGGAUCUCAGAGCCAGUAAUACAAUCUUGGAGCAGCUGGAAGGGGAUUGCAAGACUUUGUCAGGAGCGGCAUCCUUUCAGAGGAUCGUCAUGGAGGAGGGAGAAGAUCUCCUACUGUCAGGCGAUGGCUUGCAGGCGUUGUUUCAGCCUGGCCAAGAAGGAACCACGUUGGUGGGCAUCACUGUCCUUCCUAUGGGAUGGUCCAGCGCAGUUGCAGUAAUGCAGAGCGCUCACAGGCAAUUGGCUCUCCGCUCUGAGCUCAGGAUGGGAGCCGGCCUGAUGGAAAAGGCGGAGAUCAGGAGGGACGCUGUUUUCCCUGGGUUGGAAGAGACCCCAGCGUGGGCCACUUACGUGGACGACAAUGCCAUCAUUGAGCAGGUUGCCCGAGGCGUAAGUGCAGCCUUAGAGGGACGGCCCGCGGAGGAACAAACCAGGCUCAGAAAGGUGUAUGAAUGGUGGGGCAUCCCGACGAACGCCAGCAUGACGCUGGAACGAGUACGCUCGGCAGAGCGGUUGGGGGCCUUGAUUGAUGGUGAGAGAGGACUGCUGAGAGUUACGACAAAGCAGUGUUUAGACUUGAUGGGCCUUGGGUCAUGGAGUUUCCCGGCCACAGCCCUGCAGAUCUAUGCUGGCAAAGCAGUGCACAUUUUGCAGUUCAGGCGAUGCCUGUUCUCCAUCUUACAGGAGGUAUUUGUGGAAGUGUCACAGCACCCAGUGGAGGUGAGUGGCACUGUGCCCCUGUUUGAGGAGAUGAUGCUGCUGGAGUGCCUGUUGCCGGUAGUCUGUACUGACCUGAAGGCCCAGAUUGACCCUGUUGCUACUGCCAGCGGUGCAAGUGAGAGCGGGGGGGGAGCAUCCUACGCGUCACGUCUAAGCCGCUUGGGAGUUGAGGAGCUGGAAAGGCUGAUGAAGGAGGAUUUCCCAGAAGGACAUGCCCUGUCUGAUGAUUUCAGGGAUACGGCUCAGAAGAUAGUGGUGAUUGACCUCUUUUCUGGUAUUGGCGGCCUUGAGAGGGCCUUGCACCAUGCCAGGCUGAAGCCUUGGUUUGUGGUAGCCGUGGAGUCAGACCCUGACUGUCGGCGAUGCCUACGGCGCCGGUUCCCUGGUGUGGAGCUUUGCUCAGACAUCAGAAAGAUCAACAAGAGGGCUCACCUGGAGGACCCGCGAAGUGCCCUGUUCUAUGAAGCGGUGAGGGUCAUGGACCUGGUGAAGGAGGUGGCCGAUGCUGAAGGAAUGUGGAACAUACGGUUCCUCGAGAAUGCAGUGCCAGACGAAGAAGAGAUACGCACCAUGUCUUGGGCUUUAGCCAUGAAGCCCCUGCUGGUGGACUCCCGGCAUUUGUCGAGGGCAAGGAGACCCCGAUUAUUCUGGGUGUCUGUGCCCCUUGUGAAUUAUGAAGAGGUGGAAGUGCACCAAGGAGAUCUCUUUGAUGAAGUGAUCUAUGGAGCGGCUACAGAGCCCAUGCACACGAUCCUGACUGCAGGCUGGGAGUGGAGGCCUGGGCAGCGUGACUCAGGCCUGCGCUUCCCUACGUUCACAAGGGCCAAUGCCCGAGAAAGGCCCCCCAAGGAGCCAGCAGGGCUCUCAGUCACAUCGGAGGGGGCAAAAACCCGCUGGGAAGCCGACCUGCACAGGUUUGCACCAUACACGUACAAUGCUGAAUACAUGGUCCAGAAUGAGGAGGGGCUGGUGCGCCCUUUGCUAGCCGCUGAACGGGAGCUGCUGAUGGGGUUCGAAAGGAACCAUACUCUUGACCUAGCCAGCAAGGUUCCAGAGUCUUCUGAAGACAAGGAACUCCUGGAGGACAAGCGAUGCAGCGCCAUUGGAAAUACUUUCCAUUGCACCUUGGUAGGAGCCCUCCUAGACCAUGUCCUGUGGUCUUUUGGAGUGAAACAGUUAGUGGGCCACCACGAGAUUGUGGAAAGCUGGAGCCAAGAACUAAAACGGACCCACCGGUUGCCACAAGGAGAUUUGAAUAUCAACGAGGAUCAGACCCCUGUGGGGGAAGAUCCGGGAUAUGAAAGUGGAGUCACUGAAAAGAGGAGUCACCAAAUGGAAACGUUGCAGGUACCCCGCAGCCCCUCUUCUGCCACCGCCAUUGCGGGGGUAUCAGAGAGAGAUCUCAACCUCUCAGUUGCCAUGGUGCAGGCGUUUGUAAAGCGCCAAGAAUACCGAGGCAGUGAUGUACGAUUGGAUGGGGGAACUUUGUAUCGCCCAGAUGCUUUCCCAAGGGCCACGGUGAACCCACACCGCUGGAGAUGGCACGAGGAAGCCGUUUUAUUGCUGAGAAUUACCAAGGGUACAAUGAAAAACCUCUUGCCCUUGGACAAGGUGGUUCUCCAAGAGCUACAACUUUUGGUCCAAUUGGCCCUCCCUCUCCAAGCCCUGGCCAAAUGUCACGAGGCCGUGAGCGUCGCGGCCGUCCAACGGCCCGAAGGCGAAGCCUUACCUUGGCAAGCGGCACAGGCGCAGGGCAUCUUGCGCGAAGCGCUUCGCCGCGACCUCGCCCGCUCCAUUUCGUUGCACGAUGGUUGUGGCCAGUGCCACGUCCGACUCAGCUGGGCGCGCAGGGCAGUGCCACGCUUGGUGUUGGCCUAUGAUGAAGGCAUCCUGGUGUCUGGCUUUGGUGAAUGGCAAAGGCAACUGACCUUUCUGCUGCUGCUGGGCCUACGCCUGGAGCGUUCGGUGCACCGCCUCUGUUGGGAUUUGUGGCGGCGCCGCAUAGUCCCUGCACUGCUACCGGGUGUGACUUGA